GGUUAUAUUUUGACAGCAAAACACUGACAUUUUUGUGUUACGAAACUAAUCUCUGGUAUAUAGUUAUUUUAACAACGUUUUGCGUUUAAGUGUUCGCAUUUAUUUUGUAAUCCUACUUGUGAGAAUUAAUUGACAGUGUUUGGAAAGAGGUCAGUCUUCUGCUUCUAUCAAAAGAUGAAGGUUCCUAGUGAUGAAACUGAGGUGGUAGAGGAGGGCAGCAGUUCGUCAACACCAGUGGGCAACUCCAACAGCGAGGAAAUACCCCCUUAUCUGCGUGAAGAACCUCCUGAAGAAGGAGAGAAGGACCACCCUAAAACCGAGGCUGGUGUUAUAUGGAGGGUGACAGGCAGUCUUUUCAACAUGACCAGAGGGGCGGUGGGAGCGACGUGGGGAGGCGUGUCCUGGGUGGGGUGUAAAAGCUAUGACAUCACCAAGACCGUGGUGACCAGCGUGCCAGCCGCCGGCGUCGGAUUGGUCAAGGGCGGCGUUUCCGCGGUGACAGGAGGUGUGGGGGCCGUAGGGUCUGCUGUGGCCAGUAAAGUUACACAGAAGAAAAAGGACAAAUCUGAUUAGGUGCAGACCCACCAGCAAACCCCGUGCUUCAGUAUCAUGUAGAAAUGUCCUGAUCUGUCUGCUGUGAGUCUGGUUUACAGAAACGUAGUUAACUCUGAUUUUUACGCAAAUUGUGAAUUGACAGUUGGUGGGGAAACUUGCGCAGAGAUCCGAGUACAUUCUUAUUAAAGAUGGGAAGUUUAUUUGUUGUGUGGGAAAGAAUAGGAAAGUGGAACUUACUGCUUAGCUACUUUUGGGAGGAAUCUCCUGGCUCUUUGAUUAAUCCUGGUGUAGGAAAGGAGUAAGCUAAUGAUAGGAGGACCGAGCACACACAUUUCUCAAAUUCCUGAGGUUAAUUAAACCCGUCCAGUCUUCGCUCGGAAAGGUGCGCUUAGAUCAACUAAGUCCUGAAACAAAGUGAAAGGUAGUUUACACAAGUUAAUUUGAUCAGUUUGACAUUAGUGGUUGGGGAAUACACACAUACCAGUGUGUGCAUGUGAAUAUGUGUCAUAGCCAUGUAAAUAGUAGGUAUGUGAGUCCUAUUGAAAACAGUGGAAACCGUAGGGGGACUUAGAGGUGUUGCAGUUAGUCAGAUCAGGAACUCCUUUUAUACUUGGAUUUGUAUUGCACUGCCAGUGAGGGGAGCUGCCUUUCUUUUUUCUCCUUUCCUUUUGCUUCCUUAGUUGCCCGUGUGGUUAAUAAAGCAUGUUAUUGCGCAGAAAAACGGACAGGAGUCCUGAAAUUUAGCAUUCGUUACACACUACAUCGAAAGAGAUCCUGAGCUGUUGAGAGAAAUGAAGUAUGAUUUCACCACCAAUAAAUCACACUGUAUGUAGGGUUAAAGGGUCAGAGUUCAUGGGUGCGUCUUGACAUGGGCUCUUGUCUAAAGCGAGGCACUAUAUAGGUAACAGUGUGCUGUUAGGACCAUCCUUUUUAUUCACUUGUUGGGACUGCUUAAAUGUAUAUUGAUGUGCCUACCUGUACAUAAUGUACAUUAUAUUAAUAAGUACUGAUUGAUAUUUGACACAUUCCUGGAGUAGAUGGGACUGUCAAAAAACAACCUGCUCUUUCCUUCCAUGAAUCUAGUUUCUCUAGUAGCCACGGUUGCUAUUUGACAUGACUGUUAAAUGACAACGAGUUGACAUGGUUGCACAAGCAGAUCAGAUCCGAGAUUGUUUGAGUACAUUAUUGUGCAUGGUUCUGAAUUACAGUCUGUUUUGAAGUGACGCUAAAUCUACAUAAGCAAUCUCUUGUUUGUUUUCCCUAUCUUUUUUUCUUGUAAUUUAACAUUCACUCUCAGUUUGUUUUUGUUUGAAAUAUUCCUCACAUUAUGCAUUGCAUGUUUCAGGUAGGUUUUGCUCUAUUUGACCCCAAAAUAAUCAACUGUGACAACAAAUAGAAAAACAACCUCUUAUAUUUAUUUAUUUCCCCUUCAUGGACUGCACCAAACUGGAUUAAUGGAAGAAAUUAUUUUAGACACCAUAAAAUACAUCUCAGUAUUACAUUUAUUGUCCAACAAGUGUUUAAAGGCCUUGAAUGUUUAAUUCUAAGAUUUGAUUAUUCAGAUAUUUAUUACAAAUCUCCAAACUUCUUUUUGUAUUGAGCUAGGGCAUGUUUCUCAAGAUCCAGAAAAUAAUAAGACUAUUUUAAAGCAAUCCCUUAGGUCUUGCAGAGCAAAUUCAAUAGUUCAAAUAUAUUUGACAGAAUAGUGAUAACAAUCUUAUUCCUAUUAUUGACCAAAAAAUCUUUAGUGGGUUUAACCAUGAGUGAUGAAGUUGACAAUCCUCUGACACUCAACAGACAUCAUUCAUAUUUCAUUUUUAUGCUUUUUUCCAUUAUCUCAAUGUACUGUUUUCUUUUGCACUCAUGCUAGUUAAUAAAUGUCUUGGAGUCUCUGUUACUGAGUUGCAACCCGAUUUACACCUUAUUUACUAUUUCGUGUGCCACUUGUGACAAGGGCUCUGGUCGAGUGUAGCAUACUAAAUUGGCAAUAAUGUGCAAGUUGGGACACAUCCCUGGACUUCUGAGACCGAGUAGAUUUUUGUCUAUGAUAGAACUAUUUUUGCAAAAACUGAUGCUGUAUUCUAUAAAUAAAGCUACUCUGUAUUUUAA